GCUCAGCUCGCAGCUGUCUGCUACUAUUUCAUUUGAAGAAAAUCCAAAUUGGCGAAAUGAAUGCAAAUAUCAACGGUUGUGCUUGUGGAUGAAAGGAUCCAGUCUGUGGAUGAUCGCAUGUUUCUCCAGGUCUUGCAAAUGAGCCUCGCUUAGUUCUCUGCACGACCAUACUGGUGGAUGCUGAGUGUAGUAGGCCGUUACGAGAGCGACUUGCAAAGUCGGUCUGGUUCUCCUCGGUACAUGGUCAUCAACAUGCUGUACAUAAUCCUGCACAAGCAUCAUCAGUCUUCUGUCUUCAUGAAGAAGCACUUCUUAGUUCUGGCAUUUUCAGCCUUCGAACUUUGCCUUAGCGAUACGUGAACAUCUUCUUCCAUACUUCCGCUGUGGGAUUGUCAACAUCUUUUUUGGUUGCACUUGCAGCAGAGUCAAGUUUGUAGAGUGAGAGGACAACAAGCUGCUCACAACACCUAUUGAAAUAACCUGCAUGCCCUUGUUCCACCUGUUCGUUGAUGCCCCCGUCACCCUCGUCUCCAGACAUGCUAGCAGCGAGCAAACUGUCUCGCGGCGCCGCGAGCAGGGUACUGCCGCCUCUUCCCUUCGUGAAGGACUACCCGGAGUACCUUUCAGGUCUGCAGACCAUCAUUGGUGUUGGGAAAAAUUACAGCAAGCACAUCGACGAAAUGUGGGAAAAGUACGAGAAGGAUCUGCCGAAAGCGAAAAAGCAGAAAACCGACCCGAGUCAUUUGCACACGGGGUCGAACCCAAUCUCGAGAACGCGACAGUCGCGCCCGAGCCACGACCCGAUCCUGUUUCAGAAACCAAGAACCUCCCUCGUGUUCGAUUCGCCGAUCAUGUACCCGAAGAGCUGCGGCCCCGUGCACCACGAGAUUGAACUGGCCGUGAUAAUAGGCAAGCAGGCAUACAACGUGAGGGAGCAAGACGCGCUGCAGUACGUGCGGGGUUUUACAGUGGGGUUGGACAUGACGGCCCGGGACCCACAGACCGCCGCGAAGGACAACGGACACCCGUGGGACGUGGCUAAGGGGAGGCCUCACUUUCUGCCUCUACCGAGAAACUACCUGACGACUGCGGAGUGUUUGCCAAAUGGAAGUGACGCCGCGGGUGGCAGUCUUGCCGGUAAAAAUAUUUACCAUUAUAACUAUAAGUACAGACCUCGUCGUCCUCGUAGUCCUCGUUGAACGUGAGCUAAACAACGCAUUUUAGUUUCAAGCAUACCAUCUCCAAUUUCGAUAGAGUUGUAGGAGGAUGAUGAAAUUUCGUCGAUUCAUGUUGGCGUAUCGUGGUUACCUGCGUUAGCGCCCGUGGUUCGAUUGGCUAAGGACAACAAUAACUACUGAGCACAACAGAUAUUAACAUCCAGGGGCAAAUGAAGGGAUGUGGUAUAGCAGUUUCUCGACGCAUUGAUAAAAUACCUCCCCGGAUGCCCCUGGAUGACUCAAUUCAUUUCUCAAUCAAAAAAUAGCACCCUGCUUCGAUUUUUUCCCCCCGAAUACGAUAGCGGUCUCUUUUCUGUAUUUUCUUUCUAAGGGCAGCAGUUUCGUAUAUCCCUCUGUAAGUACUUCAUAGUGGGUGCUAUAUCGGCGGAAGGUUGGGGAUUCCGGCUCUGCCGUUGGCAUUUUUUUGACUUCAUAAGAUUUUUCCUCUUCUUUGCAAUUGGUAGUGAGGGGCUUCAAGGGGGUGGAAAGUGACGGACGAACCUUGAGAAUUUCAAUAUCAAAGGUGAAGAGAAGAAACAUCCUAUGCUCCUUCUCUUCGGAAGAUAUAGAUGUCGCACUUUGAUAAGAAAGCAGAGGAUGACCCCUAGUCCCGAAAUUUCCGCUACCAUGGGCAUUAUUUGUUGAAAAGCAGUCACGUGUCUUCAAUUUGCAGGUGCCUUGCGCGCGACCUCUAGAGAUAAUUUCCGUCUCCUCUAGUCAGAUUUUGUCUCUGAAGAGGGCAGAAAGAAGACUAGCUACGCUGACGAGAGAUCCUAACUCGUCAUGAUUGCUCUUUCCAAAAAUGUCCGCCACUGUCGUUCCUCGCUGAUGAUCAUGCCUUCCAAUCCCCUUUUUUUAUUCAACGAAAAGCUUUGUUUUGUGCUAGUCAGCUUGGGCGACAGGGCACAAGGAGACAGGUACAGUGACACAGCCGCCAAGACAUAGCAGAGGCUAAUGGAGUCGAAGACAAAAUCAGUCUCUUGGGUGCCCGCUUUCUUCGCGUAGCAAGAUCGUGCGCACCCUGGCUGUGUCUUCCCAAGCGUGACGGGGUGGAGCGAUUGCGUACCUAUGAGGAUGAGGAGCCUCGGCUUGCUAAAACAUCAUUGCGGAUGGCCCCGCAUUGAUGUCGGACAAGUCCCGAAGACGCAUGCUGAUCACAUUGAACCGCGGCGGAGGAGGAGAUGAGCAGAGACCUAUCUUAAUCCUCCUUGAACACUAGGAUCUGCACUACUUCUCUUUGCUUAUGGUUUAUAGUUGAUCUCAUACUAAAAAAAAGCAUACUUUUUCAUCACUGCGUUCGCAGGUUUUACUGAGUUUUGGAUGUAUAUGUAAGAAUACAUUUCGACAUAACUGAAUAAAACAGCCUCCUGCAAGAGCGCCCUUCCUCACGCAGAGUUCGGAUUGGAGCUGAAAGUGAAUGGAAAAGUGCGACAGUCCACCUCGACGAAGGAUCUACUUUUCGACGUUCCCUUUUUGAUUGCGCACAUUAGCAAGGUUUUUCCCUUGAUGCCUGGCGACGUUAUCAUGACGGGAACGCCGGAGGGCGUGGCUGGCGUGGAGCACGGCGACCAUUUGGAAUUGGAGCUACAGCUGCUGGACGGCGCGGAAAGCAGCGACAAGGCAACCAAGUUGAAGUGCGACUUCCACGCGGAGCUCUUUCAGGAUGAUGAUGCUGUAUGAUAGUGAUAGAUCGGGCAUCACUGCUCAAGAUGGGAUAUGGUUGAAGAAAAUACGAAGAGAAAGAACUCGAACUCCGAAGCAGUACUACAGGCCGCGGGUGUCCUGCUGCUCUAUGACUAUGUGGGCAUCGCGAGGUACCACAAGGAGAUAAGUACCACGCCAAC